AAUACUUCCAUUGGGCUUCCUUGGAACUUUGUACAGAAUAAUUUGUUUAGGCUUGGUCCUUGUCUGAAAUCCUAACCCUUAUCAACACCACCUAUAUCCCAAUAAUCACCAGCAAAAUGGCUAGCGAAAAGAAGGACAAGCUUGAGCCGCAGAUCAAGUCGGUCGAUAUGACCGAGGACAUGCAGCAGGAGGCUGUGGAAGUCGCAAUUGAGGCGAUGGACAAGUACCACAUUGAGAAGGAUAUCGCCCAAUACAUAAAGCGAGAGUUCGACUCGCGCAAGGGUGCGACAUGGCACUGCGUGGUUGGCAGGAACUUCGGAAGCUUCGUCACGCAUGAGACGAAACACUUCAUCUACUUCUACCUCGGACACUGCGCCAUCCUCCUUUUCAAGACCCAAUAAAGAUGCGGCCGCAAUCCAGUCUAUUCGCGGAAGCGAUGUUAUACCUCUUUCGGAUAAUUCAUGCAGGGAGAUAUGCUAUGAGGGCUCCCAUACAAAAGCUGAAGGAGACUCAGUCAUGGUCCAGAACGGAAUGCUGUGGGGUUGCCUGGAGGGCCAACACGGCGGUGAUUCUCGGAUUUAUCUGCUACCUGAUCAAAUUUCCAGGUUAAUCUUUCUAAAAUGGCUAUUGAAUACAUUCUUGUCGUAGCAGACCUGCUGCCAGACCAAA